AUGUCACACAGGGAGGAGGAGGCCCCCAGAGGGAGGGAGCCAGCAUGCCUGCUGUGUCAGCAAUCAGAGGCUGACCUGGACAUCUGUGGGGAAAAACUCUUCAUACAUGGGCUCUGUGCCCACGAGUUCUGCCUGUUUUUUGCCACCAACUUUCCUGACCGCCCGGUUCAUCGAGGAGGACUCUGGUGUCUUCCCUCAUGGGAGAUCCGAGCUGUAGUCUCCCUGGCGGCUCAGCAGAUCUGCUGCAUCUGUGGCCAGAGAGGGGCCACCAUUUCCUGCUGUAGAAGAAACUGUGACCUGAGCUUCCACCUGCCCUGUGCCAAGCAGGGAGGCUGUGUCACCCAGUUCUGCAGACCAUUCAGGGCCUUCUGCCCCGCACACAGCCCAGAGCAGGCAGUGGAGGCGACACCAGAGCCAGGCACCCAAUGCCUCAUCUGCUUGGAGCCUGUGGAGGACAGAAAGACCUUCAACACCCUGGUGUGCCCAGCCUGCAAAACCGCCUGGUUCCACAGGGACUGCAUCCAAGGACAGGCUCUGCAUGCUGGUCGUUUCUCCUUCCAGUGCCCCCUCUGCAGAAAUGAUGAGGCAUUUAUAAGAGAUAUGUUCACCGUGGGGAUCCAAAUCCCCUUGAGACCACCAUCAUGGGAGGGCUUUAAUGCAUUCGAUGAGCUGGGAGACAGACACAGGCACUGUGAUGCCAGUGAGUGCCUUUUUCCAGGAGGCAGGCACGAGGCAGAGGAGGAGGGGCCCUGGCAAUUGCUCCUGUGCUCCUCCUGUGCUGCCGAGGGCACUCACAGACGCUGCUCUGGCCUGAGGAACAGCAUAACCAGAUGGGAAUGUGAUGGCUGUGCUGGUCUGGGCACAGGUAACAGGCAAAGCACCCUGGCUCCCGAGAUGAGUCAGAGCUUGCUGGUGUCAGCGUGGCCAGACAGUCAGGAUUGGAGCCUUCUGAUGGCUCCAGGGAACCCGAGACCGUCAGCCCCAACACAGGCAGCCUGGUGCUAUCAGGGCUGUCUCCCAGUUCUGCACCACUGGAGACCAUCAGCCCCAGCCCCAGCAUCCAGGUGCCAUCCCCUGGAUCUUCAGCACCACAGACCAGCAACCACCAUACCAACCCCCAGGCAACAUCGGAGCAGUCUCUGCAAUCUCCCUCACAAGAGACGAGCAGCUCCAGCCCUGACAGUCAGGCAACAUCGGGGUCAUCCCAGAGCAGCUUCCCAGCAACUGAGGACAGCAGCUGCUCCAGCAGUCAGGGGCCUGACCGCCGGCAAAACCACCCCCGUCGGCAACGUUGGGCCCAAAAUCCACACCUUCGGUCCAGAAGUCCCCUGGACAGGACUCAUGUGCCAGCACCAAGUCCUGGGAGGCGCAGGCCCAGGCAGAGACCAUCAGGGACAUCCCGCAGGCAAAACCGCUCCCGCCUGCAACGUCCAACCCCAAAUCCAUCCGGCUGGUCCAGAAGUCCCCAUGGCAGGACCUGCACACCAGCACCAAGUACUGGGAGGCGAAACCCAAGGGAGACAGCAGCCAGGACUUCCCAAAGGCAACACCACUCCCGCCAGCAGCGUCGGACGCCGAACUCAUCCAGCAGAUCCAGAAGUCGCCAGGACAGGAGCCGUGUUAGAGCACCAGGUGCUGCCAGGCGCACUCACCGGUGGGACGGUGAGACAGGGACCCACCGCUGACACGUCCCAUGUCACACAGGGAGGAGCAGGCCCCCAAAGGGAGAGAGCCAGCAUGCCUGCUGUGUCAGCGAUCAGAGGCUGACCUGGACAUCUGUGGAGAGAAAAACUUCAGAUAAAUGGGCUCUGUGUCCACGAGUUCUGCCUGUUUUUUGCCAGCCACCUUCUUCAGCACAAUGAUGGUCAAGUAGGACUCUUUGGCUUUCUCCCAAGGGAUAUCCUAGAUGUAGUUUCCUGGGUGGCACAGAAGGCCACCAUCAUGGGGGAGCUUUAAUGCAUUCGAUGAGAUGGGAGACAGACACAGGCACUGUGAUGCCAGUGAGUGCCUUUUUCCAGGAGGCAGGCACGAGGCAGAGGAGGAGGGACCCUGGGAACUGCUGCUGUGCUCCUCCUGUGUUGCCAAGGGCACCCACAGACACUGCUGUGGCCUGAGGAACAGCAUAACCAGCUGGGAAUGUGAUGGCUGUGCUGGUCUGGGCACAGGCCUGGAGUGAUUUUGGGGUCCCAAGCCAGGAAUUGCGGAUCCCAUUCCCAGCAGGACGCUCCCACCAGAAUACUGGGAUGCUCCCAUGGGAACACUGGGAUCCAGAGGGUCGGGAAGGAGGGAUUUUCCCGGGAUUCCCCCCUACUCGUGGUGGGCGAUGAGCAGCAUCAUGGCCAUGCCUGCCAGCAGCUGCAGCAGCACCGGCCCCUGGCC